AUGAAGUUUCCAUUUUGGUUCUUCUCAUCCGCCGUCAGAGGCUUGCAGUCACUAAAAAGGUCAACCUUUCUAUCUGGUUCUGUAUCAAGUAGUGAUAUUGAGAACUGGGAAGAAUCCACCAUGGCUGAUGGCAGUCCCAGGACUGAUAUUUCUACAGAUGUGGAUACAGAUGAUAAGAAUCAAAGGUUUGACGUAGUGCAAUACACCAUUGGUCCUGCGGGUUCUGAUUCCAGUGACAAAUCAAAAGAUCCAAAAGAUCAGAAGACUCUUCGUAGGCUUGCUCAAAAUCGUGAGGCUGCAAGAAAAAGUCGACUGAGGAAGAAAGCUUAUGUUCAGCAGCUGGAGAGUAGUCGUUUGAAGCUCACUCAACUAGAGCAAGAGCUCCAGCGAGCCAGACAGCAGGGAAUCUUCAUAUCAAGUUCAGGAGAUGCUGCCCAUUCUAUGAGUGGAAAUGGGGCCAUGGCGUUUGAUGUAGAAUAUGGACGGUGGCAGGAAGAGCAAAAUCGGCAAAUUAAUGAACUGAGAUCAGCAGUAAAUUCUCAUGCAAGUGAUGCAGAGCUUCGUACUAUUGUAGAUGGAAUCUUGGCGCACUAUGAUGAGAUCUUUAGGCUGAAGGGCACAGCAGCUAAAGCUGAUGUAUUCCAUUUGUUGUCUGGCAUGUGGAAAACACCUGCUGAGAGGUGUUUCUUGUGGCUUGGUGGUUUUCGUUCAUCUGAGCUCCUGAAGCUUCUUGUUAAUCAGCUGGAGCCUCUAACAGAGCAGCAGUUGGUGGGGAUAACCAACUUGCAGCAAUCCUCCCAACAGGCAGAAGAUGCCUUAUCUCAAGGGAUGGAUGCAUUGCAACAAUCUCUAGCGGAGACUUUGUCCAGUGGAUCUCUUGGCUCCUCAGGUUCCUCUGGGAAUGUGGCAAACUACAUGGGUCAAAUGGCCAUGGCAAUGGGAAAGCUAGGGACCCUUGAAGGGUUUAUCCGCCAGGCUGACAAUUUGCGGCAACAAACACUGCAACAAAUGCAUCGUAUAUUGACCACCCGCCAGUCAGCUCGUGCCCUUUUGGCUAUAAACGAUUAUUUCUCGCGGCUACGGGCUCUUAGUUCGCUCUGGCUUGCCCGUCCAAGAGAGUGA